GUCGGAGGCGCCAUGUUGGAAUCUGAGCAUGUCCGGAAAAACAGUCUGGGCAUCACCUAAGCGAUUGCAUUUGUUUAUUUUCCUGUUAGUUUGAACUUUUGACCUUUGUGACUUUUUUGGGGUCUUUUAAUACAUUUUUAAUUAUCUACUUUUAAUGAACUUUGAUUUGUGUAAACCCAAAGGAACACUUUCUUUAAUAUUCAUUGGAUGGUUUCGAAUGUGGUUUCAUUCAUUUUUUCGAAGCGUAUGAUUGGAUCAUUUUGGAGAGUUGCAUAAACAACGAUUGACACUGGCAGCAUCAGAAUCUUUUAACCGGGUUUUUACAGCUCUCAAACUGUCUGCUUCAGUACAAUAGCCAUGCUGAUACUUCCACCCAAUCUUUGUGUUUGGCAGUGAAGGCUUUCUCAGGGGGCCACUCUGAGAUGUCGGACCCCCACCACCAUCAUCACCAUCACCACCACAAUUCUCAGCAGUCUGUGGCAGUGGCAGAUGUGGUCACGAUGCAGACCAAAAUACCCAACACAUUUCGUGACUCUGCCACGGCACCGCUGAGGAAACUUAGUGUUGAUCUCAUCAAAACCUACAAACACAUUAACGAAGUCUACUACGCCAAAAAGAAAAGACGUGCUGUUGGUGCAGCUCAAGGGGACGAGAGUGGGAACAAAAAAGGCAAAGUCAACGCUCACAUCUACAAUGACGGCUACGAUGAUUCCAAUCACGACUAUAUAGUUAACCCUGGUGAAAAAUGGAUGGACAGAUAUGAAAUUGACUCCCUGAUAGGGAAAGGCUCUUUUGGUCAGGUUGUCAAGGCCUUUGACCACAUUGACCAGGAGCAUGUGGCUAUAAAGAUCAUCAAAAAUAAGAAGCCAUUUUUAAAUCAGGCGCAGAUAGAAGUGAAGUUGCUGGAGCUAAUGAACUCUAAUGAUAGAGAGAACAAGUACUAUAUAGUUCGCCUGAAGAGAAACUUUAUGUUUCGUAACCACCUGUGCCUUGUUUUUGAGCUACUCUCCUACAACCUGUAUGACCUGCUGCGGAACACAAACUUUAGGGGCGUGUCCCUGAACCUGACCCGAAAGUUUGCACAGCAGCUGUGUACUGCGCUGCUGUUUCUUGCCACCCCCGAGCUCAACAUUAUUCACUGUGAUUUAAAACCUGAAAACAUUCUACUGUGUAACCCUAAGCGCAGUGCUAUCAAAAUUGUUGACUUUGGCAGUUCUUGUCAGAUAGGACAGAGGAUUUAUCAGUACAUUCAGUCUAGGUUUUAUAGAUCUCCUGAAGUUCUACUGGGCAUUCCAUAUGAUCUGGCCAUAGACAUGUGGAGUUUAGGCUGUAUUCUGGUGGAGAUGCACACAGGGGAACCACUGUUUGCUGGCUCUAAUGAGUUUGACCAAAUGAUGAAGAUAGUUGAAGUACUGGGUAUGCCUCCUAAACAUUUAUUGGAUCAGGCUCAGAAGACACGCAAGUAUUUUGAACAGUUGCCAGAUGGCUCUUAUGUCCCAAGGAAGUCUAAAGACAAUAAGAAGUAUAAACCUCCACACUCCCGUAAGUUACACGAAAUCAUAGGGGCUGAAACGGGUGGACCAGGGGGCAGAAGAUCUGGGGAGGUGGGUCACGGAGUGGCAGACUAUCUGAAAUUUAAGGAUCUCAUUCUCCGCAUGCUGGAAUACGAUCCAAAAACCAGGAUCACGCCCUACUAUGCCCUGCAGCACAACUUCUUUAAGAAAACCUCAGAUGAAAGCACCAACACUAGCAACAGCACGUCAACUAGCCCCGCCAUGGAGACCAACGCAGGAAGUCCAACAGUUGCUGGUCAAUCCAAUGGUCGUGCACGGUCUGACCCAACUCAUCAGCACCACAGUCUGAUGUUGCCUCAUGCUGGAGCUGGAAACGGUGGCAAUGCUGCUGCAGGGAGCCAGGGUCUGCAACACCACCAGCAAUCAGUGCUGGAGGAAGACAGUUGCUCCACAUCUGGGCUAUCUCAUUCUACAUCUGGGAUGUCUCAUUUCACUUCCAUGGAUUGCGAAAGCCCAUCCUCUUCUAUUCUGGGCCAGUCGAGGCCGCCGCCAGCCCAUCAGCACAGAAACAGCGGAUCCUCUGCUCUGCACUCUGGGAACAGUGGCCGCCACAACCCUCUCCAGCAACAGCAGGCACAGCUUCAACAUCAGCUAUCCCAGCAUGCUCAUUAUCAGUCUCAGCAAGUGCCACAGCAUAAUUUGGUUGGCCAUAUGCAUGGCUGGGUCGGCACAGAGCCUGCACUCUCACGACAUUUUUCUGGUGGAACUCAGCAAAUGUCAAACAACUCAGGGGUUGUCUUGGGAGGAGUCAUCUUCACCCAGCCCUCAGGACACCCUUACCUCCCCAGAAAUCAGCAGCCCUCUUCCUCGUCUACCUCUUCAUCGUCACUCCAUCACGCUGGUCUCAUCUCCCCCUCAUCGACUGUGAUCAUCGGUAGUACUGUUUAUGAAACUUCAGGAGUCCCGCUAGCCAUUCAUCGAACACUGGGUCACUUUGACUCGCAACAGGUUUUACUGUCAUCCUCCUCAUCAUCUCUUUCGUCUUCCAACCAUCCCGUAGACUUGUCCAACUUUUCAUCACUUCAUAGUGGCUCCUCUCAGAGUCUAGUCUCUGUCCCUGGCCAGCACCACCACCUUCACCACCCUCAGGUCCAACAGAACCAUCCUCAGCAGCACUCCCUGCUGACCAGCCCGACUAUGCUAGUGGGGCACACAACUUCUGUGGGAGGGGUCCCCACGGAUAUAAUCACUGCCAACGCUCAGCCAAUGAGUAUAGCGUCAUUAGGUUACUCAACCCAGUACACAACGUUUCCUCAACAAACUUGGCAACAGCCAGUUAUUGGACCCAAUGGGACUUAUCCUUUCACAAUUGCAGACACUGCCACCCCUAUAGGUCAUGACAAUGGAAGUGUCCAGAGAACUCACAGUUCCUCUGAUAGAGGAGAUGAAUCGCCUAUGGUGGGUGUCUGUAUUCAGCAAAGCCCAGUUGCCAGUCACUGAUACAGCUAUGCGCUACUAUGCUUAGACUUAAGUAGCAUUGCAAAUCAUUUUUCGGCAUUAAUUUAGUUUUCACUACUUCUAGUUGGCGGCAAGCUUCCAGGGGAUCAUUAAGUAAGGGAUCUAACAAAGUGUGUCUCUGGAGGUGCACUCUGUUUGGAUAGCCGACGCAACUGAAAAUAACCUUCUGAUUCAUCUGGAUUUUCAAAUGUGUCUAUUCCAACUAGUGGAUUAUUUAUGUGCUGUUAGCCCAGGUGCUGCUUUCUUCAAAAUUAUCCAUGUUAAACAUUGGAUGAAAGCAUGGGAUACUGUUAUACAGAAGUCAGUCCAAUGAACUUCUACCAACAAAACAAUCUUGUGCUCAAGCCUUGGAAUAAAUGUGAUCCUGUCUCUUUUCAAUGUACAGAAAUCUAGUGACUUGUUCUUCUUUUUCUUUGGUAAACCUAAUAGAAAGACCAGUUCUGAAACUGAGGAUAAACUUCUGUAUUGUUUUUUUUUUUUUUUCUAUUCUAUAUAUACAAAAUUUUUUAAAAGUAUUCCAAGAAAACCCCUGGUAUGCAUACAUUUUGGCAAUUCAUUUAAAAACCACACAAAAAAAAAGGCCAUGGAAAAUCUUCAUGCAGCUUCUGUGGUGAGGACAGAAGAGGCCAGCCUCCUGCUGGUGUUUUGUCACUGACCUAAACUGUCAUUUAUGAACACUGUUCCUCUGAUUGGCUGAGACUCCCCAACUGAGAGUUUCACCCUUUGAAUAAAUACUAAUACACCAGUUUUUGCUGAGAAUAAAUCUGUUGGAUAAGGAGCUGAACGUCUUUCUUAAUUAUUACAAUUUAACUCUUGAGUUAAACAUGUUGAUUAUAGUGAUUAACUCUAUGGCAAGGGGAAUAAAGCAAAUUUGAUGGCAGUGGAAGGGCAAAGGUUACUGCUGUAAGUAAAAAAAAAAAAAUAAUUAUAUUGGAUAUUAUAUAUAUAUAAAAGAUUUGAAAUAGGAAAAUAGAUUAUUGAAAUGAUACAAGAGCCUGCUAAAUGCUGAAGUGAUUCAAAUCAAAGGGAAGUAAGCAAAAACUAAUUUUAAAAAAGUUAGUAUUGAAAUGCCAAAAACAGUUAUGUCCCUGUUGCUGUAUGAGGUAUGUAGCCUGAGCCAAGUUUUCAUGUGAUGUUCUAGAACAGAUGACAUUUCAUGCAUAUACGUAUGUAUACACCAUUGUAUUACAAUCUUUCAUCUGACAUGUUUGAUCCUUGUUAGGAUUUUUUUAUUUUUGUCCUUUAUUAUUUGUUUUCAAUUUAUCUACAAUAUUGUUUUGAGAGAAUGACAAACCUCCCCCCGUCCGCCCGCCCCAAGAAAGUGGGAAGAUCCUAGGGGUGUGAAAAUGAGCCCCCCUUACCCCAGAAAUGGAAAAUCCCCAGGGGUGUGUGCUAGUCUUGCUUUGAGAUACCAUUACUUUCAAGUCAGUGUGGGCCCAUGUUAUAUCGUCAUGCAACAAGGGUGAUGCACACCUAAAGGUCUGACACUGAAGGGAAACAAAUAUUUUUGUGACAACCCAUGUACAUUUUGUAGUGUGCACCAAUAUGUCUGCUGCUGCAAGCCAUACUAGUCUCUCCAGGCCCCCCCCCCCUCCCCCCCGCCCUUUUUUUUUCUUCUCAUUCUUGCUUUAAGCUUCAUUUUUGUUGUUUUACUGUUUUGAAUUUUUUCUUGUUCAUUACAUUUUUAAAAAAAUAGGAGAAAAUUUAGUUGAUUUUUGAAGCACUUGAAAUUUGAGCUGUCGUUAUGUUGCCCAUGUUUCUCUUGUCACUAUUGUUUUGCCCUGCCUGACAUCUAUAAUGAAAGGGAAGUCAUGCACCUUUUUUUUUUUUUUUUUGGGUUGCAAAGUUGGUUAGUGCUGUAAAACAGUAUUGCCCUUUCUUCUAUAUACACAGUUGAGAUAAACUUAAAGAGGAAGUAAUAUUUAGAACAAUUUUUUAAACUUCAUAUAAAGAAGAGGACGUUUGAUUGAAUCAAUAACUGCAGCAAACACAUUUGUUAAGCUGACAAGACUUUCUCUGACCUACCUUAAUGAAUACAUUUUACAUUAUUUCUGGAUUUUAGUUUAAAAUAUACAUGAAAUAUUGCAAUUUAAAAAAAAAUCUCUAUUUGAGGAAUGGUCCACCAAAAAAAAAAGGAAUAUUUUCUUUCUUUCCUUUAAUCAUGCAAAUGUGGACUAGGUUGUCUGUACUUGUAUAAUAUUCAAGUAUCUUUGAGUUUUAAAAAUGCAUAGACCUUACUUACUUUAAUCAGUAUCAGUUUGUCUAAUAGAUAAAACAGAGGGGGAAAAAACUAACAUAUUAAAUCAGGCAUUAAUUUAUUGGCUAAAAAAAAAUCGUUGCUAUUUUUACUUGAUUGAAAAUGCCUCUCUCUCUCUCUCUCUCUCUCUCCCCCCCCCCCUUUCCUCCUGUUUGUUUUCUUUAGGGUGUCUUUAGUUUGCAGGCAGCUUCUGGCGUCCUUUGUUUGUACUGAACUGAGCUUGUUCCUCUACAGCUGGUCACCAUGUCAGCAAUCUUAGUUUUCUGGUCUUUCAUCUCUGUACAGUUUGUUCAUAUCUAUGUGUUGACCAUUGGACCAGAACAUCAUUAUUGCCCUUUAGUCAGUGGAGAAAGGGAAAGUUACCUUUAAAAAAAAAAAUGUGUACUUUUGACAAUGAUCUAGGUAGUUAUUAAGAUAGUUUCAACAUGACUUGCCCUGAAAAUAACCUGUUAGGCCUGGUAGCAUGUUUUCUAUUAGCUUGGUUCAGGUCUUGUACACUUCUUUUCAAAAUAAAAUAACAAUCGGACUAACAAAGCAUCAUGAAUUCAUUUUUAUUUAGUUAAGUUCAUAUGGGGAGGGAACAAAUGUAUGCACUGUUAAAACUAGAAAAUCAAACUCUUUGAAAAAGCUUGACCCAAAUUACAAUCCUUACAGUGACUUGCUUUGAAAAUAACUCCUUUGUUAGCAUUGGUUGCUGCUGCUGCUAUUUCUGAGCUAGCAUUGGAUGCUUGCUUAUUUCUAUUUGGUCGGAUGGGUGUAGACCACUGGCUAGACAAAAUAUAGUCAACCUUUUUGUUUUUUAGAGGCCCCACAGUUCGAUUGAAAAAUUUAAGUUAUCCGGUCAGAAGGAUGCUGUGUCAAAUACUGUGUGCAUUGUCAGUUAGAUAAAAACAUAAGCUCUACGUUUUGUUAGGUUUUUCUUCAUUAUGAUAAAGUUGAAUAGGUUUAAAUUAGAAAAGGUCUUUGAUCAGUUUCAUAAAAGGCUGUAUUUGGUAACAUGUCCAGUAUGCGCUUUCUUGUCUGAUGUACAAACAUUUUAAUUUCAUUUGUAUAUAAUGUGUUUUCAAGAUAUUUUAGAGAGGAAAAUUAAAGAUAUAUCACAUGCUGUUUUUUUUUUUUUUUUUUAGCUCCCAGCUAGUUUCAGGAGUUUAGUUUAUGCAAGAUUAACAAGUUCUAAAAAUAUAUACUUAUAUAAUAAAUAACAGAAUUUCAGAGAAGCCAAUUUAGGAUAUGCUAUUAGUGUCAUUUUUUUAAUUAUCAAACAUCAAAGCCAAAACAAUUAUUUCUAUGAGUAUCUUUUAACUUGGCUAAGAACAGCCAGAUGAGAAGACACAAUGUACAAGUGAUUCUCUCAUAUUUUAUGAUCUAUCCAAUAGUCUCUUGUAGUUUGCUAGCACAUUGGACUUUCUCACAUUUGUCUUCUAUUUCAAUGAGAUACUGUAACACAAGGCCUUGAUGCAAGCUAACACUCCAAUGUCUCUCUACAGAGAGGGUGUGUGAGAGGCAUGAAUGCAAGUGGCUCUUAAUAGUAACUGUACAUUUGAUCCAACUUGAAGGUUGUUACACAGUCUACAAUGUAUAUAGGACAUGUUAACUAUCUGUGAUGCAGUUAAUAUGUUUGUAUUUUUUAAUUAUUUUAACUCUGUUCCAUCUAGACCAUGUCAUUUGUACUGUCAGAAGUUUGUGUCAAACGGAACUAUCAUCCUUUUUAAAUGGGGGAAAAAAAAUGUUACCUUGUAUAUGCUAAGAGGGUUCUGUUUAUUUAAAUUUUUAUAAUUUUAGUUAUUAUUAUUAUUAUUAUUAAUUUUGCACAUUUUUAAUCUAUAUUUUGUUCCUGAUGUAUGUCUUUGAGAGAGCCAUCUACAACAUAAAGUUUGAUGUGCAAGUGUGAGCCUAAAUAUUUAAUUAUUUCUACUUCAUCACUGCACCCAUGGAGUUAUGGCUUCAACAAGCUGCUGUAUUUGUGGCCUAUGGUAGCUAAGCAUAGAUUGUGCAAAGGAAUUGGUUCUCCAGAGAAGUGCAGAUAGAAAAGUCUGCAGUCUUGAUACAGUGCUCUCUACUCAAGAUAGUUUAGCACAAAGUUGUAUUCAGUUUUUCAAAAGCAUUGAAUUUUUUUUUUUUGGUUUAUCACAUAAUUAAUAAUAUCAUUGAAGCUAGAUUUUUACAAAAAGAUGUCAAAAUCUCUUUUUUUUUUUUUCACCCACAUCUAACAUUUAUACCUUAAGUAGAUCAUUAUAUAAAAGUUUUAUAUAGCAAAUUAACCAUUAUGCAAUGAAAAAUAUGAAAUAUAAUUUUUUUUAUUUUUGCUGUUACUUGAAGCCCCCAAAGAAAACACAACACACCAGCUAAAGGCCACACUGAGCAGUGUGUAGACUUGGCUGUCAUAGAAUGUGUGAGAGACAAUAUAUCUAAUAGGCAUUGUUUGUUAAGGGCUCUGUUCGUUGGUCUUCAUCUGGUAGUCACUGCACCUCUCACCAUGUAAACAUUCUAUUUGUAUUGGUUCAACUGCUUCAUUCAGUAUAUUCAAACUUUCACACCAGCCAUUCAUUUCCAUUUGAUUCCCAUGAUUUGCACUCACACACACACACAGGUUGAAGUUCUUGUGUUCUGCUAAAACAGACAUUGAUGUUCAAAUUUGACCCAAAUCUCUGCCCCACCCAGCGUUCAUAUCCAAGUUUCUUUGCAAUUCUUUCUGAUGUUGAUUUUUGUUUGUUUGUUUACACACUUCGAAAAAUGAAAAACAUGAAAAUUGGUUACACUAAUAACUAAGUUUUAGAUUGUGAGGCACUGUCUGUCAAAAUCAGUCACUUGCUGAAAAGGUCAACAAUUAUCUUUUUUUUUUGUGUGUGUGAGUGUGCACUAAAGCUGAUUAUAUUUUGGUUUUUAAGUAAAUUGAAUGAUUAUUUGUUGAUUAUUUAAUUUUGUAAGGGUGCAAAUCUUGCAAGGGACUGGUUUUAUCAGAUAGUGUUAUUAAAACUUAGUAUUCAAGUUGCUGGCUGGAACAAUUAAUAUCCAUUUCUGAGUUACAAUGACAGGAUGACUUCACUAGGCCAUAGGAUUUAGUGUAUCUAGUUACAGUAAACAAAAUUAAUAAAAGACUAUAGGUCCAAGUUGAAGGAAGUCAUGCAUUAAUAGAGUUGUCUGCAAUAUAAUUAUUGGCAUCUAGAUUCUAGUUUUUAAUUAUAAAACUAGAAGUGUACACCAUUGUAAACCCAGCUACAUCAUACAUCUCUGUGACACUUUAAACACAGCCAUCAGUGAAAUUUAGUGUCCAGAUGUUUUAGGUAAUAAAUGUUUGAAUGUAUGUUGAUUGGCGUUCUGACAAAUGUUAAAACUUGCUUUUUUUCCUGCUGUAUACAGUUUUCCAGACUGCAGAGACUAUCCUACAGCUUAAAGACUUAAUUGCUGGCUAGAGGUAUUAUAUAAGAAUUCUGGACUAGGUGCAAUAAUAUAGUUCAGAAACAGCACUCAUGGUGCAAUCCUUCUUUAACCUUGGCUUCAAGUCAUUAAUACACAAACCUUAUAUAGGAAUGAACUGCAUUGUAGGCCAAGUUUAUACUUUCUUUCUGCUAGGAUGAUGUUCAUAGUUUAAUACAGUUACAGAAACACAAUCUUACAAUUCAGCAUCUACCAUUACAUGUAGACCCAUCUCAGGAAUAGCUACAAAUACACGUUAGCACCAACAUAAAUUGUAACUUCCCACCUAAUAUUUAUAUCUUAUGCCUAUGGUGUACGAGUCUUUAUCAUACUAUCAUUUUAGAGUCUUUAGUUCGAUAAGUUAGUUAUUUGUAAGACUGAAUUUUUUUAAACUUGGUAGACAUGUAUUAUCUCAUCGCAGACUCAUUUAUUUCAAAAGAUUUUAACAUCAAUUUUUUUAUUUUAUGCUUUCUUUACUUUUAGUGAACUGGUUUAUUUUAGAAAGGAAAAGUUUUAAAAUGUAAUAUAUUUUAAUUUUUUUUUUUUAAUUAUUUUUUUAUUUUUCAAAUUGAAAUAAAUGUUUUAAGUUAGUGCCCACUUGUGUAGGUAAGAUGUAGUUUUAUACAUAGAUAAUGUUUUACUGAAGUUGUCCCAUUCUGCAAAGGGAUGGAUUAAAGUGUUUUGUUAGUUUACUGUAUCAGCCAGCCCUCCCCUCUUCAUGUUUGAGCUGUAUUUAUUGUGUAGAUGAGGGUUUUGGCUCCUGUUUGUAUUAUACUGUACACAUGAUUGAUUCUGUGGUGAGUUUGUUUGUACAUAACAGUGAGUGAUUUAUUUGAAUCAUGUCAUUCAGUUUAUUUGGACAUCUGUAAAUAGCACAUUGGAUGAACCAUGAUCAGAAUAUAACUGUUUUAAACACUG